CCCAGUAGGUGUGUGACCAGGAACUCUCCACAGCUAUAUCCUACUGCACAAAUCUCCCAUCACUCUCUCCACAAAGCUAGAAAUUGUGAAAUGUCCAGCGAUAGAGUGGAGAAACCUUUACCAGAUAUUCCUGAAGAUGAUGGUAGCAGAGAUGAUGAGAAGGGCUUUGGAAAUGUUUUUGCUGAACUUGAAUCCGUGGACUUGCCCCUGGGAACCACAUUAAGGUCUGUGUACGAUGACCAGCCUAAUGCCCACAAGAGGUUUAUGGAGAAGCUUGAGGUCAGGAUCCGUAACCAUGACAGAGAGAUAGAGAAGAUGUGCAACUUCCACCACCAGGGGUUUGUGGACGCCAUCACCGAGCUGCUCAAAGUCCGUGCCGACGCAGAGAAACUGAUGGGCCAGGUUACCGACACGAACAGAAGACUACAAGACGCCGGCAGAGAGGUGACAGCCCAAACGGAGGAGGUGAUUCGCUGUCGGAUACAGCAGAGGAACAUGACUACCACUGUGGAGAGACUACAGCUGUGUAUACCUGUCCUAGAAAUGUACAGUAAAUUGAAGGAGCAGCUGGAAUCCAAAAGAUACUAUGCUGCGUUGAAGACCAUGGAGCAGCUGGAGAAGGUGUACAUCCCCCGGGUCAGCCGCUACCGCUUCUGUCAGAUCAUGGCUGAGAACCUGCCCAAGCUCAGAGAGGACAUUAAGGACAUCUCCAUGUCCGACCUCAAGGACUUCCUGGAGAGCAUCAGGAAACACUCGGACAAGAUCGGAGAGACCGCCAUGAAACAGGCUCAGCAGCACAGGACGUUUAACAUUGUGGUUCAGAAGCAUGACAGUGGUAUGGGCUACACCAAGCCAGUCUACUCCCUGAACGGCCGGACGCCAACGCAGCACAACGGCCUAGCGGCGGAGGAGGGAGUAGACCAACCAGAGGAGGAGGGAGUGGAGGAGGACCAAUCGGAGGAGGAGGUAUUAACAGCCCAGGACCUGGUGGACUUCUCUCCUGUUUACAGAUGUCUCCACAUCUACACCGUUCUGGGUGACAGAGAGACGUUUGAGAACUACUACAGGAAACAGAGGAAAAAACAGGCCAGGCUGGUGCUGCAGCCCCAGUCUAACAUGCAGGAGACCGUGGAGGGUUACCGGCGGUACUUCAAUCAGAUCGUAGGCUUCUUCCUGGUGGAGGACCACGUUCUGCACUCCACACAGGGACUGUUGACCAGAGCCUUUACUGAUGAACUGUGGAACAUGGCCCUGUCUAAGAUCACUGCCGUGCUCCGCACACACUCUUCGUACUGCAGCGAUCCUGACCUGGUGCUGCAGCUGAAGAACCUCAUUGUCAUAUUUGCAGACACAUUACAGGGUUAUGGCUACCCAGUGAACAGACUGUUUGACCUGCUGUUUGAGAUCAGAGACCAGUACAAUGAAACGCUGCUGAAGAAAUGGGCUCUGGUGUUCAGGGAGAUCUUUGAACUGGACAACUACAGCCCUAUCCCCGUGGAGACUGAAGAAGAGUACAAGUCUGUCGUUAGUAGAUUCCCCUUCCACGACGCAGAAAUUGAAAAGCAAGACUUUCCAAAGAAGCUACCGAUGUCUCAGUCUGUGCCUCAGAUCUACGUUCAGGUCAAAGAGUUCAUCUACGCCAGUCUGAAGUUCUCCGAGUCACUGCAUCGCAGCUGGACAGAGAUCGAUGACAUGCUCCGUAAAUCCACCAACCUGUUGUUGACGAGGACACUGAGUGGCUGUCUACAGAACCUCAUCAAGAAACCCCAUAUAGGACUAACUGAG